UGCAGGAGAUGACCAGAGACUGCGGACACAGUACAGGGAAUGACCAGAGAAUGCGGACAGUGCAGGGAAUGACCAGAGACUGCGGACAGUGCAGGGAAUGACCAGAGACUGCGGACACAGUGCAGGGAAUGACCAGAGACUGCGGACAACAGUGCAGGGGAUGACCAGAGACUGCGGACACAGUGCAGGGAAUGACCAGAGACUGCGGACAGUGCAGGGAAUGACCAGAGACUGCGGACACAGUGCAUUGAAUGACCAGAGACUGCGGACAGUGCAGGGAAUGACCAGAGACUGCAGACAGUACAGGGAAUGUCCAGAGACUGCAGACAGUGCAGGGGAUGACCAGAGACUGCUG